AUGGCGUCUGCAUUCAAAUCAUUCGUUUCCAGCGCCAAGAAACUCGCACUUGGCACCACCCACGGCGUGCCGGCGCUCGAACUGUUUCCCAAGACGGACCCCGCCGUCGAUGGCGAUGAUUGCGACCAUGACUGUGAAAGCUGUCAUGUCAAGUACCCGAAAGGCUUCAAGAUUGACGAGAGCGACGAGCUGUACGGCCACGUCAAAGGAUGGAGCACCCACGCCCUCGUUGCGACGGGUAAGAGCGAUUGGGUAAGGGACGUUGCGGACGAGAAGGGCAGUGUGAUGGAGGCCAUUGGCAAGGCCGCGUCACCUAGCAAUGGAAAGCUGAUGCUGUCCGCUUCCAACAUUCCUACCCCGACACACUCGAGCAACUACUCUGAACCCACGACCGUCCUCCUGCUUCCCGCGUUCGUCAUAAUUGACCACGUUACCCCGAAGCGCGUCCCCGAGCUGAUCACUGAGUUCGUUGACAAGGCGCCGACGAACGACUCCCCUCUCGCGCCCCUCACUCUUCCCACAUCCGUUGCCGUGACCGCAUCCAAUGGCACCGCAACAGACGCUGCCGGCGCACCCAGCAUACCUCCCGAAAUCUCCCGCCGCCCAUGCCCGCACAGCGCACUGAUCCUCCUCUGCUCGCAAAAGACGCGCGACGCACGCUGCGGACAGUCCGCGCCGCUGCUGCGCAAGGAGCUGGAACGUCACCUGCGGCCCCUAGGCCUCUUCCGCGACAUGGAUGACGAGCGACCCGGUGGUGUGGGCAUCUACUUCAUCUCGCACGUUGGAGGACACAAGUACAGCGCCAACGUCAUGGUGUAUCGCCGGCCGGACCCCUUCGGUCUGGAUAACGUGGAGCGGGCGAAGGAAGGGGGCGAGCUGAAGCCAAAGCCGAGGGUGGCAGCUCUCCCGGAGACGGAAGACGUAGGCGCCGCACAGUGUAUCUGGCUGGCGAGGAUCAAGCCCGAGGACUGCGAGAACCUGGUGCGCUACACGAUUCUGCAGGGUAAGGUGGUCAAGCCUGAGACGCAGCUGCGUGGCGGGUUUGACCGUGCAAAGGGGAUGAUGAGUUGGUAA